UGGCCUUCCAUUUCACACUCUACCCCAGCUCUCCUGUGCUCACCAAUACCCAUUACUUUGACUGCAGCCACCCUGGAGAAAUGGUGCCCGCCAUCCUCCUGUGGGGGCCUGCCCUUUCUGGCUCUGACUUGGACAUAUUUGUGGACUUUGAAGACCCUAGAACAUUCCAUUUCCUAGCCUCCGUGGGCUUCUACCUCACCUGCCCCAGGCUCCCAUUUCUGCCCGUGGACACUUGUCAGUUUGGGCCUUGUGGUUGGGAUGCUUGUGUGCCAGCCUCCAUCCCUUCCCAGAGCACAGCUGCUCGUGUGUCUAGCCGGCUGGGAACUGUUGUAGCAUCUGGCGUCAUGCUCCGCAUGGCGGGGGAAUGCCCGGAAGUUCUCAGUGUGGAGAUGUUGUUUUUUCUUUCCAACCAGUGCUUGGAAAGAGCCAUGAAGUUUGCCUUUGAGGAGUUCCACCUCUGGUACCAGUUUGCUCUGUCUCUGAUGGCUGCUGGAAAGUCUGCCCGUGCUGUGAAGGUGCUGAAGGAAUGCAUCCGGCUAAAGCCUGAUGAUGCCACCAUCCCACUCCUGGCAGCCAAGCUCUGUGUGGGUUCCCUUCACUGGUUGGAAGAGGCUGAGAAGUUUGCCAAAACUGUCGUUGAUGUGGGAGAGAAAACGUCAGAAUUCAAGGCCAAAGGCUACCUGGCUCUGGGGCUCACAUAUAGUCUGCAAGCCACUGAUGCUUCCUUGCGAGGGAUGCAGGAGGUCCUGCAGAGGAAGGCGCUUCUUGCAUUUCAGAGGGCCCAUAGCCUGUCACCUACAGAUCACCAAGCAGCUUUCUACCUGGCUCUGCAGCUCGCCAUCUCCAGACAGAUACCAGAAGCUCUAGGGUACGUCCGUCAAGCUCUUCAGCUCCAAGGUGAUGAUGCCAACUCCCUGCACCUCCUCGCUCUCCUGUUGUCAGCCCAGAAGCAUUACCACGACGCUCUCAACAUCAUCGACAUGGCCCUGAGUGAAUAUCCAGAAAAUUUUAUACUACUGUUUUCCAAAGUGAAGUUGGAGUCACUCUGCCGGGGCCCAGAUGAGGCGCUGCUCACCUGUAAGCACAUGUUACAGAUAUGGAAAUCCUGCUACAACCUCACCAACCCCAGUGACUCUGGACGUGGGAGCAGCCUCUUAGAUAGAACCAUCGCUGACAGACGACAGCUUAAUACAAUCACAUUGCCAGACUUCAGCGAUCCUGAGACAGGCAACUCUCCAGAAGCACACUUUCAUGGCUUCCCCUCCCUCUUUUCAGUUAGCUCUGUCCAUGCCACAUCAGUAGCAGCCUCAAGAGUGGAGCAAGCGUUGUCAGAAGUGGCCUCAUCUCUGCAGAGCAGUGCCCCCAAGCAGGGCCCACUGCAUCCCUGGAUGACACUGGCACAGAUCUGGCUCCAUGCAGCUGAGGUCUACAUUGGCAUUGGAAAGCCUGCUGAAGCCACAGCCUGUACCCAAGAAGCUGCCAACCUCUUCCCGAUGUCCCACAAUGUGCUAUACAUGCGGGGCCAGGUUGCUGAGCUUCGAGGAAACUUCGAUGAGGCCCGGCGAUGGUAUGAAGAAGCCUUAUCCAUCAGCCCCAGCCAUGUGAAGAGCAUGCAGCGACUGGCUCUGGUCCUUCACCAGCUGGGCCGCUACAGUCUAGCUGAGAAGAUCCUCCGGGAUGCAGUGCAGGUGAACUCAACAGCCCAUGAGGUCUGGAACGGGCUGGGUGAGGUCCUCCAAGCUCAGGGCAACGACGCUGCAGCCACCGAGUGCUUCCUGACGGCCUUGGAGCUGGAGGCCAGCAGCCCUGCUGUGCCCUUCACCGUCAUCCCCCGAGUGCUCUGAGAGGGCCACCCACCUCACCUGCCACACAGGCCCAGGAUGCUCUGUCCAGGCUGCCAGGGGUCAUCCCUCACCCAGUGGAUGGAUCUGCAGUACCGAGGCCCUGGAUGGGUGUUUGACCACAGUGGAAUAACCACGCCAACCCUGAAUCAUCGCUCUCCCCUCUUGCAUUCAUUCAUUCUUGUUUUUGCCAGAUCCAUGAUCAUUUUCUGAAUCUACUGAUGUCAUUCAGAAUGGAUUAUGUGCCAUAUUCAGUUAGUUGUCACCUGGGUUUGAAGUAAAAUGAUUACAGACUUAUUCAGCGAAUGUAGAAGAAUCUAUUCCAGGUUCAACUUCAGUGGCAGGACAGAUUAUUUUUAUCAGUGCUGUAAUGAAAGCGACUGCCCUGUCCUCUGUCCCCUCUGCCAUCUCUCCUGCCCCUCCCUUGGCCCAAAACCAAAUGUGAAUUUUCUGUUUCCCACCCACUCGUCCAUGCCAGGACACCAGCCAACAACUCCUCGGUUUUAUUGUCAACAGUUGUACCAUGUGGUGAAUUACUGUUCCUCUACCGUUCUCCUAGAGCAAAGCUUGAGUCUAAGAAUAUUUAUAUUUUACCAAUAUAUGGCUGUUACAAGAGAAGGAAAUAUGAGUUAUUUAAGUUUAACUUUUUUAUGUGAAUUCAGAGUUUAUUUAUCGAUGGAAAUAUGUACAAAGAAGCUUCAAAUGGAAUAUUUACCGACAUUCCUUAUACAUGACAGACACUUGGCUAAACAGGAAGAUGAUGUUAAUAAAAAAAUGAUUUUUAAAUGGA